AUGAUUGUUCUGCUGAUAGUCCUGCCGAACAAUCCAAGCGCUACGUUGCGGUGGAAUUCGAGUGCCGUCACUCACGGGUCACGUGUCACCAACCUCUCCGUCCCCGUUGAACCGCAGAACCCUCCGUCUUCAGAUCCGAUUCGAGAUUGGCGUUCUGUGAACCAACAACAGCCAUUUUCAGCGCAUAUCAUGGCGGGCAACUCCUCCCACCCUAUCCACAUCCACCCGGUCCGACCCCUCUACCGCUUCACUGCGACCGCAUUGGGCGCUAGCAUGUGGUUCUUCCUCAUGUACCGGGCCAAGAAGGAUGGUCCCGCUCUGUUGGGCUGGAAGCACCCUUGGGACCACUGA